AUUGCACAGGCCUAUGGUCUGGGGGACGUGUCCUGAAUACGUGCUGUACACUGGUAUUCGUAUUUUACCCCAGCUAAUUCAGAUGCGAAAUACCGCUCCCCUUUCUCGUUAAGUGUCUGGUACGUCAGUCUAUACUUACAAUGGCUGCUGCUAAAGGAAAUGGCGAUGCAGUCGUUAAAACAGACAAGGACUGGAACGUUUGUUUAAUGCACAAGCUAUCCGGAAUGCUGACGGAGGCAAACUUCAGAGAUCUAAAACAAAGCUUUCAUAUGUCUGGCCGAGUACCUCGCAGGGACGUUGACAAAAUUAGUGAUUUUAAUCCGUUUUGGGACUUGCUGGAACGACUUGACCGUAUAAGCGUUGGCAGAUAUGCUGUCUUGAUCCACCAUCUUGAGAUGCUACAACUCAACGAUUGCAUCCGGGUAAUCCAGGAACAUACUCAGAAAAUAGAGGAGUAUCGUCAACAACAGGCACCUGUAGCAAAGCCACCUGAACCAGCACGAACACAGGCUCAAAAUAUAGCGCCACCAUCUGCUGAUAUCAAUAAACUUGAUCAGGCACCUGUAGCAAGGCCACCUGAACCAGCACGAACACAGGCUCGAUAUAUAGCGCCACCAUCUGCUGAUAUCAAUAAAGUUGAUCCGUUCGGAAAGACACCUCUCAUGCGCGCUGCUUCUGAUAAUAAAGUCGGUCGUGUAAGAACCUUGAUCGAUGCAGGAGCUGAUGUCAAUAUAAAACCAAAGAAUGGCCAGACGGCACUCAUGUACGCCUGCCGUAAGGGUCACAAGGAAGUCGUAGCAGACCUGAUCAAAGCGGGCGCUGACGUGAACAUCAUACAUCAGAGUGGCAAGACGGCACUCAUGAUCGCCUGCUGUGAGGGUCACAAGGAAGUCGUAGCAGACCUGAUCAAAGCGGACGCUGACGUGAACAUCAUAACUCUGAGUGGCAAGACGGCACUCAUGAUCGCCUGCUGUGAGGGUCACAAGGAAGUCGUAGCAGACCUGAUCAAAGCGGACGCUGACGUGAACAUCAUAACUCUGAGUGGCGUGACGGCACUCAUGUACGCCUGCGAUGAGGGUCACAAGGAAAUCGUAGCAGAACUGAUCAAAGCGGGCGCUGACGUGAACACCAGAGAUGAGGAUGGCGUGACGGCACUCAUGCACGCCUGCCGUUGGGGUCAAAAGGAAGUCGUAGCAGACCUGAUCAAAGCGGGCGCUGACGUGAACAUCAUAACUUCGUCGGGAAAGACUGCCCUAAUGUUGGCUGAAGACAACGGACACAGACAGAUAGCAGAGAUGCUGAGGAGAGCUGCUAAAAAUCAAUGAAGACAAAGAGCGGUAAUACGAUAUCAAGCAGUCGGACAUGUGGUGGUGAUACCUAUUACACUAUCAAAGAGAGAAUGAGUUUCGGUUAACUAUUAGUCAGCCUGGUAAAACUACGUGCCUCCCAACGAGAUCUCGUGAUAUUUCGUUGGUGGAUCGCACCGGUAUAUAUAAAACGUUCCUGACGAAAGGUUGGAACGAAUUUACUAACUACAAUCCAACCUUCAGUCAGGAAUUGGCGGAGAUGCGCAAUGACUUGGGACGAGGCUUACUAUGGUAUCUUUAUUAUUUGAACUGUGUCCAGAAGCAAUUACGCUUAUAUACUCCGGAGUGAUAUGUGUCCAAAAAGAUUGAUUCAUCUUGAUAUGGGACACGAUUCUGAAGUGUUCUACAACAAAACAAAACUGAAUGAGAUACGCUGUCUGCAGUCAGCGAAGACGCGAUGACGUCCCGCGCUGUGAAAAAAAGGAAGACGAAGAUUCCUCAAAGGGUCCACUCAAUAGUAUUUCGCUUUGCCUUGUCUGAACUGCUUAAGACUUUAUUCCUAUUACGUUUCAUUGUCGGUUGAUCGAAGUACAGCUUUUUUAUUUGAUGUCUUGUUAUUCAUCAGAAAGUGAUAGAAAGUAGCAAGAUUCGCCCACGAUUGUAUUAUGUGAUACCUUGGAUGACAAUUAUUGGCCAUUAUACUAAUUUGCAGUUAAUUAAUGAAAUAAGAUGUGCUAAUUUGAUGAUGAACCUUGGUCACCUUAGAUGCUUCGAGCUUUUUAUUGUUCUUUUUCUCCCCUCCGCGUUCGUUCUGUCAUUGAAGGAGUUUUUCGCACUUAGCUUAUUUCAUGACAAAAACAUGAAAAAUGGCACUGCUAGCAAAACACGCAUGACGUCUAUUUGCCCUGCCGGUUUAGGCAUCGACCAUGUUGAAAGGUGUUUCGUGGGAGUCGGUUUAUCAAGAUUUACUCUGGUGAUCCGUUGAUAAGACUGUACAACGAUGAGAAUUUAGACCUGGGUGUGAGCGAGCUUUGAAGACAACAGACUGUGGAAUCGACUCAGCCUGAUUUCUUGUAGUUGCGAAGUAAGGGCAAAUUAACGUGAUGCGCUUGAAAAGGCAUAAAAUUGCCAUUACUUGAUCAAUUCCGAUCAGAUGGCCCACUCUUGGUCAUGGUCUUGGUUUGACCUACUGGGUGAAAUCACCAGAGUUUUCUUUUUUGUGAUUUGGUGUAUUCCUCCUUCAUGGCAUACUGAACUUCUAGCGGUAUUGCCCUCGUUGCGUUGUCUGUAAGCUUAGCCAUGUCAUUACAUUGAGGGGUGAAGAUGCCUUCAUGGCGGAAUGUGGUGUAUUCCUCCUUCAUGGCAUACUGAACUUCUAGCGGUAUUGCCCUCGUUGCGUUGUCUGUAAGCUUAGCCAUGUCAUUACAUUGAGGGGUGAAGAUGCCUUCAUGGCGGAAUGUGGUGUAUUCCUCCUUCAUGGCAUACUGAACUUCUAGCGGUAUUGCCCUCGUUGCGUUGUCUGUAAGUUUAGCCAUGUCAUUACAUUGAGGGUGAAGAUGCCUUCAUGACGGAAUGAGCGUUGCUUUUAGAUGAGAUCAGCUUUGAAUCAUGCUCCAGGUGACUCAAUCUUUAUAGCAUAUGGUUUACAAAAUGUCUAUCCACCAAAAUCGUAAAAAUGCUCGCUCGUCAUGAGACAUUCAAUCCUAGUAAAAUUGGAAAUAUUGUGCUCCACUCCAACCAUUUCCAUCCAUACAUUAAAAGUGAAUGUAGAUUUUUUUUAUCAUUGCACAGAAUACAUAGCAAGUCACAUUUUACGGACAGUGUCAUGACCUAUUGGUUUUUCAACUCAUUGCGGUUUAUUGUAGGAUUAUUCAACUUGCAAUGAUGUGACCGCCAGAGAUCUUGUUUUCAAACAAAAGUGUAAAUUCACGUUUUUUUCUACCUGGUGCAAUGUGGUUUUUCAGAUAGGCCUGGCCAAAGGUGCUUGGCUGACCUCUUGUCACUUAACUGUAACAGUGUGAUCACAAAUAGCAAUGUGACACAGCCCUGGGCAGCCGGUGUCAUAGCUGACCGACUUUAGUUGACGCGGUGAGAGAGCGGCUUAUUAUAAACCGCGAGAUGCGGAAUGCGAAAUCGCGAGUACCAACCUCGGUGAGAGUAUAACCAUGCGCCUGAGGAUGUAUUGCAAAUAUGAAACCUGAAAAGGCGAAAAUUCAUGAGACCGAGGCUGUAGUAGGGAGCUAUCCUCGUUGUGAUUGGCCCAUUGAAAUAGACUCCACUGUACAGCGGUUUAUAAUAAGCCUGAGAGAGCUAUACAUAAUGUACUCAGUUUCUUCAGUAUAGAGUUGUGCAACACCAGUUUCUUUCGGUAAAUGUUAUAUGGUCGCAUUCCUGAGUUCAACAGAGUACCUUUGGCCAGAACGAUGAGGAAACACUUUUCUAUCUUGGACUGAUCAUGUCUUUUCUUUUUUACGAAGUCUUUUUAGGUGUAGAUAAUAAUGUAUUCUUUAUUCGCUUGUAUUUUACUGUAUCAUGAAUGUACAUCGAAGUCUUUUUAGGUGUAGAUGAUAUGUAUUCUUUAUUCGCUUGUAUUUUACUGUAUCACGAAUGUGUGAACGAAAAUGUACAUCAUUCUCUUUUAUAGAGAUAAAUAAUUCUAAAAUCAUCAUUAUUAUCAUUAUCAUGAUGAUGAUUGGUGGUGAUGAUGAUGACGAUGAGAGAUUCAAGUACAUAUUCAGGUUUGCCUUACAAGUCGUUGAGGCAUCCUCUUGAGGACAACCUAUUAUAUUUCUCUUUGUAACAAAAGAGUGACGCAUCGCAUUUCAUGGUAAUUAUUCGUUAUAUACCAUUAAUUCAAUACCAAUUAGGAAAGACAUCGGUCCAAGGGACUAAUCAAUUGAUGUAUAGAUAAAGUGACACUGUCCCAGUAGUCUGACUGCCCUCAAAUGACUGAUUUAGAAUUAACAGAAGUUACAGUAGAACCUCUCCAUUAAGGACAACCUCCGGACUGACAAGUGCUGUCCUUAAUAGAAAGGUGUCUUGAUUAGAGAGGUCAAAUAGACUAUAUAAACUACAAUAAUGUAUCACUUUGGGACCAAACUAUGGUACUUAAUAGAGAUGUUGUCCUUGAUAUAGAGGUGUCCGCUAAGAGAGGUUCUACUGUAUACAAAAACGACAUUGCUCUCAGUGUACAACAGUCUAACUAUGAAUGUAAGUCCUGAGCGCUGUAUAGCUGCAGCUCAGACCUGUUAUACUCCAGAUCGUAAAGCUUGACCCCCCUAAUGUAGAGGCCAAUAGCUAGGGGGUAAUAAUGUGAAGCGCUUUGAACCACUGAACCCUGUUGGAUUAUGCGCUAUACAGUUGAACCCCGGUAACAUGAUGACUCAUGGGACCUUGGUUGAAUGGUCACGUUAGUGAAGUUGAAAAUCCGGAGACGAAAUGCAUGAUCAGGUAUUCUCGUCAAAAUUGUUGAACAUUUUUAUAUGUUCAAAAUUCUGAAAAAUUUUCAAAGCCAAAAUUUUUUGGGGGCUAAUGAUGUCUCUUCAUUUUGAGCAGAAAAACAACAAGUGAAAAAAAUAUUUGGACUCAGAAAUGUUUUCAUCCUUCAGAUUUGAACUGUUUCAUCAGUUCAAAAUUCUGAAUAAUUUUCAAAGCCAAAAAUUGUUUGGGAUUGAUUAUGUUUCUUCAUUUUAUGCAGAAAAAAAACAUUAAAAAAACUUAAUACUUAAAAAAAACUUAAUAACGGUGAUAAACGCUGCCUGACUUAAUGCAAAUCACAUGAUUUUUUGCUGUCGGUACCAAGCAUGUCUAACAUGGUUAUAAUAAUGAAGAGAGCUUUGCGCCGACGUGUUAAUUGCCUGGUUAAUUGGAGACGCGGUCGCGAUCGAUUACAGCAAUUAGGUCUUUUGGUCGGGUUAGAGGGGUAAAUUUGGUCAUUGGGACCGCCCAAUCUAGUGGUCGUGGUCUGGCUGGGUACCGGGGUGGUCGUGUUGCCGGGGGCCUUGUAAUGGUAAUUAGAGAGGAAACCAUUCGGGACCGGCGAUCCUUGGUCGUCAUAGCGGGGUGGUCGCCGACCGGGGUUCCACUGUAUAAUGAUAAUAAUAAUAAUAAUACUUGCUUUGCCAA